GUCCGAAUGAGCGCCGCCAGCAGCGCGUGGGCCGUCCCCUGGGAGCAAAAGCGAGAUGCGGUCGUCUGGCGAGGGCAUGUCAUGAGCAACGCCUCUCAACGCUCCCGCCUGCUGCAGCUGUCGGCCGCACUGAACCGCUCACUGCCCGAGGGACUGGGGAGGGGCCGGCUGGACAUUGCGGACCCGCGGCUGCACGGAAGGAUGGCAGGACCUGUCCUCCUCUCCGGCAGCCGCGCCGUCGUGGCCAUCGACGGCUGGGCGAACGAGUGGAACGGCCUCUUCUUCAAGCUGCUCGGAGGGAGCGCCGUCCUGUGGGUGGCAUCAGACAGGUUCCGAAUGUGGUACCACCACGAGCUCGUGCCUUGGGAGCACUACAUCCCCGUGCGCAGCGACAUGUCCGACCUGGCGGACCGCAUCAUGUACGUGAUGGACCACAGCCAGGCGCGCAACGCCUCGCUGCAGCGCAUGGCGGCAGCGGCGCGGCAGGUGGUCCUGCGGCUUAGCGUGCGCGCAGAAAUUGCGCGGCUGCGAGCCCAUCUGCAGCGAAGAUGUGGCAGGGCGCCUUCACACAUCGUACGUUAGAUCCGGAUGCAGAGUGUUUACUGUUCCUUUUGCGGCGGGACGAUGAAAGCGAGGGCAGAGCCAGAGGCUCCCCGCGCUGGCAGGCAGUGUUUGUAUCGCCGAAUUGUGAAUAUCCAGGCGACUAGCCGGGGUCAACCU